AAAUGUAAGCAUUGUGCUUCUUGGUGAUUUUGAAGAAUAUGAAACAGAAUACGAAGUAGCAGAUGAGGAAGUAUUGUCAUCAGUCAGCGAUGAUAAAAAUGUCGUAACAACUUUAAAAGAGGAAGAUGGAAAUGGCAAUAUAACCACGCAAGAAACGGAAAACCAUGCGUUGAUGGUGCUUUGUUUACAUUGUGGCUCUUAUUUUAACCCGAAAUUUGAGCAUAGCCAUAAUACAAGCUCUCCUAUUUUAUCAAUAAAACUAAUCGAAGAGGACUCUUUGAAUAGAAACUUGAAUAUCGAUUAUUCAGAAAAUAAUGAAAAGGAUAAUGAGUCUCUGAAUGAAACGAUAACAAAUGAAUCUGCACCAUUAAUAGAAGCCGAGUUGGAGUUAAUGGACGUUGGCAUAGAUGGUGGCAAUAUAACCCAUGAGAGUUUCGAAGAGGAUGAUGUUAAUACAGAGAAAAUCAUGAUCGAUGAUAAUGAAAUCG